UCUUGCAGCCGGUUCCCGGGCCAUUUGGGAUGUGCACGCGUUCACACCAGCACGCGGCCCGCGGUGCCUUCACGCGCUGCCGUUUUGUUUAUGUGGAGCGAGGGCAGCCGGGGGUGCGAAGGUCUGCAAGCGCAGCGGGCUGCGGGGACUAGAUAAAGCCCGGCUGCUACACCGAAGCGGUGGCGCUGCCAUGGACACCGCAGAGAGCGCCGAGCGCGCGCACAGCCCAGCGUGCCCAUCCCCGCGCAGCCUCAACCCGCCGCCAGCGCAGCCCGGGUCCGAGGGCUUCUGGAGACCUUGGCUUAGAACCCCAGGCGAGAAAGAGGAGCGGGGGGAGCCCCAUGCUGCAGAAGCGUUACCCAGUGGCCCUGGAGUGACUGAAACCUCGGGGAAGCUUUCUCAAUACCGACACCCUGUCAGACUGUUCUGGCCCAAGUCCAAAUGUUAUGAUUACUUAUAUCAAGAAGCAGAAACUCUUCUGAAAAAUUUCCCAAUUCAAGCUACGAUUUCGUUUUAUGAAGAUUCUGAUAGUGAAGAUGAAAUUGAGGGACUGGCCUGUGAAAAUCAGUCUAAUUAGUUACUUCUCGUGACAUUUAAACUGUGGAGGAUUUCAACUUUGUGUAUAAAUGUAUCAUAAACUUUUUAAACUAAUUUA